UGAUUGAAUUGCGUCGCAGAAAGAAAGAGAGGGGAGGGGCUUACGAUUGAAAAAGGGACAGCCGAAAGAGAAUCCAUUUAUAAUGAGGGAGCAAUCUGAGAACAAGAGCAAGAGUGCCAAGCCUAAAACAGGCACAAAGGAGAAGAAGAAAAGUGAGUUUGAGUUCUGCAAGGUUUGCAAAAUAAAUCAUGACCAAGGUCUUCGCCACAAGUAUUUCCCUAAGCACAAACAAUCCCUUUCCACCUUCCUCUCUCGCUUCAAAAACAAACUCUCCGAUGUUCGCUUCUUCCUCAAAACACCUUCUCCUCUUACUCCUCAACUUGCUUCCGGCAAUCGCUUCUGGUGUGUUUUCUGUGACCAAGAUAUCGAUGAGCACUCCAGUUCUUUUGCCUGUGAAAAUGCGAUUCGUCACCUAGCAAGUGUAAAACAUGUGAAUAAUUUGAAGCACUUCUUUUGGAAAUAUGGUGGCACAGUGGAUCAGCUGGAUGUGUUUACAGUUUCUCAUAAUGACGUUGCAAAGUGGGACAAGAGGUGCGCAAACCUUAAAAAGAAGCUUCAUUGCAAAGUGAGGAAAGUCCUGGAGCAGUUUUUGGACCUUCAAGUGACAAAUGAGUAUCAGGUAUCCUCUUCAGGUCACUCUGGAGUUGGAAAUACCGGCCUUUUAGAUAUUGGUAAAUCUUCUUUACCUUCGGAAGCAUGCUCCAGUGCGAAUACCCUUGCUUUGCAGGAUUUUGCAGCUGAACGGAGAAGUCACAAACUCCCUUAUAAUAGUGGACAAUGGUCAAGUGAUGGAUACUCAUGUAAUAAAGCGCAGGUUCUUGAUAAUGGUAAAGUGGUCAGCGGAGAGAGUGGUCCGCAAGGUAUACAAAUGCUCACUCGGAUUUCUUUUGUGCCUGCUGAAAAUGGUGGUGGAAAUGUUCAUUCUGGAGCACCUCCGCCUUGGUUUGAAACAACUGAGGGAGUUCAGAUGCAUCCGAAGCCUGUUUUAGGAGACCUUGUCUCCCAUUCAAACAAGUCAGGGAAGCACAAAAAGUUGAAUCCUAAACGCGUUGGAGCUGCUUGGGCAGAAAAGAGAAAGAUUGAAAUGGAGAUGGAAAAGAGGGGAGAGACUGUGAGGAACGAAUGUGAUGCCAGCUGGCUUCCUAAUUUUGGUAGAGUCUGGCAAUCUGGCAGCAGAAGAGAAUCCAGAAAAGAAUUUGAAAAGGAGAAACAAGAGUUGUCAAAUGUUGAAGCUCAACCUGAGAUGCCAAUCAAGAUACAACCUUAUGUUAGCAAAAGAAUGGUGCGUUUUACAUUCUAAAUAUUAUGGGUUUGAUUUGUUUCAAAACUGUCUGUCAAAACCAGUCUGCUUUGUGCCUGACCGAGCCCAAGCUUGGCAUGUUUGGUAUAUGGGUUGCAAAAUGGGCAGAGUCAGGGGCGGUUGGUUUCAUAUCAAUGGGGUAGCAUUUGCUACCCCAAAAGAAAAAAAAAAUCUUGAAUAAUGUAGUAUAGUUUUGUAUGUAGCUACCCCAUUGAUAUAUUAUUUGGCUACUCCAAACAAUUUUUGUUGGUUUAAAGAAGGAUGAUAUCAAUAA